UCAGCCUACGAGCAUUAGCCUGCAGGCUGACUCAGAAGAGCAGGGGCCGAGGAUUCAGAAGCGUCCUGGCACUCGGGCUUGGAGCAGUGACACGCGGCUCUGAACAAGCAGCUGCCGCAGUGGGUCUAGGUUUCAGAAAGUGCUGAGAAGUCUCAACUGAGCAGUGGUCCAGGGGACAGGGGACAAGAUUCUGGGCCACUAUUUGCUUUACCAGGACACACAAGUUCAUCUGAGUGGUUGAGCCGUUCUCCUUCUGACUCUUGCUUCUCCUCGGAAAAAAUGGCCAAACGCACCUUUUCCAGCUUCGAAAUAUUCCUGAUUUUCCUCCUUGUGAUGAUGACAGGGAUCACGGUGGCUCUUCUCAGUCUGUUGUUUAUCACCAGUGGGACCAUUGAAAAUCACACAGGUGUUCCAUCCACCCAGAGCCCUCCAGCUACCCAGGGCUCUGCAGCCCCUCAAAACUCAACACCCUCCCGGGCCCCCACAACUACCCAGGUAUCUCCAACACCCAGCACCCCAAAGACUACCCUGUUUCAGAACUUCAGUGGCUACCAUAUUGGCGUUGGGCGAGCUGACUGCACAGGACAAGUAUCAGAUAUCAAUUUGAUGGGCUUCAGCAAAACUGGCCAGUAUGCACGGGGCAUCCUCACGAGGUUGUACAGUCGUGCGUUCAUCCUGGCGGAGCCGGAUGGGUCCGAUCGCGUAGUGUUUGUCAGCAUCGACAUAGGCAUGGUAUCCCAGCGACUCAGGCUGGAGGUCCUGAGCAGGCUGCAGAAUAAAUACGGCUCCCUGUACAGAAGAGACAAUGUUAUUCUGAGUGGCACUCAUACACACUCGGGUCCAGCAGGAUAUUUCCAGUACACAACAUUUGUAAUUGCCAGUGAAGGAUUUAGCAAUCGAACUUUUGAGUACAUGGUCGCUGGCAUUGUGAAGAGCAUUGAGAUAGCACACACAAAUAUGAAACCAGGCAAAAUCUUUAUCAAUAAAGGGACUGUGGAUGGUGCACAGAUCAACCGAAGUCCUACUUCUUACCUUUGGAAUCCACAGUCAGAGAGAGCAAGGUAUUCUUCAAAUACAGACAAGGAAAUGGUGCUCUUGAAAAUGGUAGAUCUGAAUGGAGAAGAGCUGGGUCUUAUCAGCUGGUUUGCCAUCCACCCAGUCAGCAUGAGAAACACCAAUCAUCUUGUAAACAGUGACAACGUAGGCUAUGCAUCUUACCUUUUUGAACAAGAGAAGAACAAAGGUUAUCUGCCUGGAGAGGGGCCGUAUGUAGCAGCUUUUGCUUCGUCAAAUCUGGGAGAUGUUUCCCCCAAUGUUCUUGGCCCGCAUUGUACCAACACGGGAGAGUCUUGUGAAAACGCCAAUAGCUCUUGUCCCAUUGGUGGGGCUAGCAUGUGUGUUGCUAUGGGACCUGGGCAAGAUAUGUUUGAAAGUACACAAAUCAUAGGACGGAAAAUAUAUGACAAAGCAAAGGAACUGUAUGAGUCCGCCUCCCAGGAGGUAACUGGGCCACUGGCUUCAGCUCAUCAGUGGGUGAAUAUGACGGAUGUCACCGUCUGGCUCAAUUCAACACACACAGCAAAAACGUGUAAACCAGCCUUGGGCUACAGUUUUGCCGCUGGCACGAUCGAUGGAUUUGGAACCCUCAAUUUUACUCAGGGGAUGACAGAAGGGGAUUCAUUUUGGGACAGUCUUCGGGAUCAGGUUCUGGGCAAGCCAUCUGAAGAAAUCAAAGAAUGCCAUAAACCAAAGCCAGUCCUCCUUCAUACUGGAGAGCUGUUAAAGCCUCAUCCCUGGCACCCAGAUAUUGUUGAUGUUCAGAUUGUUACCCUUGGGUUCUUGGCCAUCACUGCCAUCCCUGGGGAGUUCACGACCAUGUCUGGACGAAGACUUCGGCAGGCAGUUCGAGAAGAAUUUGAAGCUUAUGGGAUGCUGAAUAUGACUGUUGUUAUUUCAGGUCUAUGUAAUGUAUAUACACACUACAUUACCACAUACGAAGAAUACCAGGCUCAGCGGUACGAGGCAGCGUCCACAAUUUACGGACCACAUACUCUGUCUGCUUACAUCCAGCUUUUCAGAGUCCUUGCUAAGGCCAUUGCUACGGAUACUGUAGCCAAUCUGAGCAGUGGUCCAGAGCCUCCGUUUUUUGAACAACUGAUGUCUCCAUUAAUUCCAAAUAUUGUGGAUAGAGCGCCUGCAGGCACAACUUUUGGGGAUAUCCUGCUGCCAGCGAACACUACAUACAGAGUGGGAGAAGUUGUUGAAGUUACCUUUGUAGGUGCUAACCCAAAGAAUUCAGCAGAAAACCGGACACAUCAGACCUUCCUCACUGUGGAGAAAUAUGAGGCCACAUCAGCAACAUGGCAGAUAAUACAUAAUGAUGCCUCCUGGGAGACUCGUUUCUAUUGGCACAAAGGAUUACUGGGUCUUAGCAAUGCGACGAUACAGUGGCACAUUCCAGAUACUGCCCAGCCUGGAAGCUACAGGAUAAAAUACUUUGGACACAGUCGGAAGCAGGACUUACUCAAGCCCGCUGUCCUACUUUCGUUUGAAAGCAGUCCCUCUGUUUUUGAAGUCAUAACUACUUGGUGAAAAGCUGAUAAAACAUUUAAAGAGCAGCUGUACUCUGUAUGAUUUCUAUGACUGAUUUCAUGUGAACGUAAUCUAUUAUGAUGACUUCAGUAAUUGUCCUUUGGGGACAGAUAGUUUACAGCUAAUGGGACAGGUGUGUGUGUGUGUGUAUGAGAGAGAGAAAGAAAGAGAGAGAGAGGUGUAUCCUGUUUACCUUGCUAUUGUAGCUUACUUUUACCUUAUGGUUUCUGCCUUAAGCAUAAUUUCCCUUGGGGCCCUGUGGCUAUUUUAAGAGACAGUUCUCAUCAAUAUGGAACCUCUGAGAUGUUAGUGAGAGUGGUUGAAGAUGUGUGAACAGUGUUGAAACUAUUUAUUUAUAGAAAUUAUGGAAUGUUAGCACUUAAAAAGCUGAAAGAUGUUAUCUACUUGGAUCCUUCAUUUUAUAAAUGGAAAAAUGAAGUUUUAUGGAUUUAAGAUUAGCAUAAGGCUAGAGCCUUUCCCUUCAUUCACAUUUAAAAAGUAUUUAUAUAAACAUUGACCAUAAAUGUAUAAGCCUAGUUAGAGAAAGUUAGCAUGCCAGGUUUUCCUAUAUUGAGGGGUAGCCUUUCCAAGCAGUCACCCUGGCAUUGAUAUGGCCAAUCCAGAGUUGUUUUGGAUGUUCAAAUCAUUUCUGAAAUUGCCUUUAGAGCCCAACUGUGGGAAAGUCAGACUUGUAAUAUUUUGAUCUUGCCUAUGUUUCCCUAAGUGCCCUUAUCCCACUGAAUUGAAUCUCAUAUUCCCAUGACUUGUUCUCAGUGAUUUUGGAUUGUUUUCACUAAUCAAAUUAUCUGAAAACCCACAAAGUUUUGUUAUUAGUGUAGAUACUGAAAUGAAAGUGAUAUGGGCUUGAAAGGGAGUCCUCAAAGAAGAGGCUCUGAAUUCAUUUAUCUGUCGUUACUUAUUCACUCACUCACUCAUGGACCUGUUCAAUCAUAGCAUAUUUAUGAAGGCAUGUUCUCAUUCCCAGCACUGUACUAGUGUGGCUCUGACAAUUAGACAUUUAGGAUGAAUGUAUGUGUCAAAAGGUCACUAUUUCAAAGGAGAAAAUAUUCAAUUCAAUGUGUAAAUUCUGGGGAGGCAUUGAAAAAUCGAUAAUCUUCAGAUCACAUCUUGUAUAUCACCUUUGCUGAGUAUUCUAUUUAGGGGGUAAACUGAGGCUCCAGGCAAUUUGGAAAAACCUGUUUUGAAAGCUAUUUUGGGGUAUUGUGAAAUAUCCAGUCUAAUGUCCCAAAGAAUAAGCUAUGACGAUCUGAUAUUGAUUGCCUGAGAGUAGUAAUUGCAUUUAAAAUUAUCCAAGUUAGCUAAGAGCUCCCAGGUUGCAAAAUAAAUUUCUCAAAGCUGAGUCAUCCUUUUGCAUGGGUACAAAUGCUUUAGCAUUUUUUGGAAAAAUCAACUUUUCCUUAAAAAAUAGCUUUCAAGUUUGAAAAUAAUAAUGAUACCAAUAAUAAUAUUUACAUCUAUUUACAUAAGACUUAACAUGCUAUAUUGUACCUGGAACAUUUUUUGAUGAAUCAGUGCUCUAGAGCAGGGGUCUGCAGCCUCCAGAAUCUAAUGCCUGAUGAUCUGAGGUAGAGCUGAUAUAAUAAUAGAAAUAAAGUGCACGAGAGAUGCAAUGCACUUGAGUCAUCCUGAAAGCAUCCCCUCUUCCUAAUCAAUGGAAAAAUUAUCUUCCACAAAACCAGUCCCUGGCGCCAAAAAGGUUGGGGACUGCUGUUCUAGUGGCCAUUUCUGUGCAAGUUAAUUGUGGAGAAUUAACUAGUUAAGGUUUCAAUGGGCAGUGGUCAUUUUUCCUAAGGACACCACGCUAUUUAGGGUAAAAAUUCAGAGACCUAAAAGAGUAGACGCUUCUGAAAGUAGUUGAUCGCAGAAAGACAAAUUAUGUUACAGCUGACGAUAAUGUUUUUAAAAGUAUUUCUGAUGACUCAGAAGAGCUUUUGAAUUACUUUCCACCACCUCCGUGCCUCCCAUUGAAACUUCUCAGCCGGCCUGUGAGUCCCUGCUGUUUACUUGCAGCUGCGCCAAAGCCACCUUUCUAUUGCCUACUGAUCCUUCUACACCCCGCCCUCUGCCACCAGUGUGCUCUUGGCCACAUGUAACCCCCAGAAACCUGUUUUCUCACUAGCUGUCAUCUCUUCCAACUAAGUUCCAUUUCUGCAGUUUGUAAGUAAAAACGAAACCAGAUCCCUACAUCAUAGAUAUUAUAGUUAUUCAUUUGAACAUGAAAAACAGCACAUAGAUGCUGAUCUGAUCUGUCCACACAAAAACGGAUCCAGUCAGUGUCUGGGGGUGUUGCUGGGAGUGGCUCAUUGGAGCCAAAGCACAUGGAGAAAAUAAAAACUGGUGGAGAAUGUAUAAAUGACGAUUGAGUGUGUGGGAGAAUUCUGUUGAAGAUCUUGUUUCUCAUGUCAAAGUGGCUGUUUUUCAUUUGUUGUACUCUGUCUACUCUGGUGUUAAGGAUGCUGUGACUUCUUUAAAAAGUACUGAAUGAUCCAUCCAUAUUUUCAAUCAGUAUUAUGUAAAUUGUCAGUAUUCAAUAGAAUGUUUAAUAAAUUAAUAAUUGCACCUGGGACAUUAUUUUCUAAUGAGA